UUGUUUACACACAAACCUCAAUAGCAAAAGAACAAAACUAUCAAAAAUGAACUAUCAAGCAAAGCGUGUAAUGCGCCAAAACUCAGUAUCCGUAGCAGCCAGUGAUGUCGUUGGUGUCGCCUCGCCGAUUAUGGCAGCGACAGCUUCGGCUCCCAGCACGCCGCAGCUGCAGAAUCUGGAUGACAACAAGCCGGUGCACGUCCAUCGUCAGGUGAUACUGGUGCAGGGUGGCAAUGUGCCGCAGCCGCAGCACCAGCCACUGCAGGCACAGGCAACUGCGGCGUCAAACCAAAAUGCAAAUAUUGCCACGAUUCAGAUUGCGGACGAUGCACCCGUCUCAUUGCUCACAGAGAUUGCAGACAUAAUGCGAAGUUUUGGAGACAGCGACCAGCCGCGCACCGGGAGCGUGAAGCUGGUGGAGCAGAUACUGCAACAGCAGCUACGCGGCAUUUUCAAUGAAGCCUCUCUGGUGGCUAUGCGACGCAAACAGAAUCCCUGCCCCUCGCAGGCUGACUUUGAAUUCUUGAUGCGAAAUCAUCCCGUAAAGAUAGCACGCAUGCGGAAGCAUCUCAAGGAUAUGCGUAUAUUAAAACGAUUCCUCAGCAUACGCACUGGCCGGCCGCAGGACUUUAUGGACGAUUUGGAGAAGCCGGAGGAGGACGAGGAGCUGGCCAUCGAUGUGCAUGAGCUGCACGACGAGGAUCGCAUGCGUCGCCUGUUUCGCGCCGAUCGCAUUUCACAAAUCCUCACCGGUCAACAGUAUCUGGAGUUCAACGAGGCUCGGAAGACCUCGUUCUACUGCCGCCAUGGGGAGAAGAUAAAGAACAAGUUUAGACGCUUCUUGGAUCUGCCCGCUGAUUUGCGUAUACCGACGCCGACGAUGAACAUUUUGGCAUAUCUGGCGCACGAGACGAUUGCGGCGAUUGUCGACUACUCGAUACUGACGCGACUGAAUUCAGAGAACCGUGUCACAGAGCCAUACAGCCGAGUCACCUCAGCCGGUGGGAGCCCCGCCAUGAUGCAUGUGUGUCCCGAGGUGACCCAGGGUCGAGGCAUGGAGGUGGUCAAGCCCAUUAGUGUCCAGGAAAUACACGAAGCGACAUUGAUUCCAGGCGCAGCUUUCUGGCCAUUUAGAUCAGAACAUGAGGUUACACACUUGAAAAGGAUUUCAUACAAUAAUUCAAAUCUCAUUACAAUGACAGCUACAUAAUAUAGUAGCAAGAUCCAGUCGAUUCUGUCUGGACUCUCUGAAAUAGUCUUACAGCUUAACGUGAUGUUUGCAUUUUUACUUAAAUUUACUUAUAGAUAUAACUUUUAAUAAAC